UUUUUUUCAAUGAACAUGACUUCUGGAGUCAAGGUUGUCGGGCAUUCCCCCCUUCCCCCACUGGGGACAUAAAUAGCACCCAGAGCUCAGAACCGAGGGCCAGAGAGCUGGGAGGAAGUAGGAGCAGAUCCCAACCAUGAGCUCCAGCCAACCAGCCUGUCCAUGCCAGGGUGCUGCGGGUCGCCCAGCCAUCCUAUACGCACUUCUCAGCCCCAGUGUCAGGGCUGUCCCCCCACCCCGUAGCCACUGCCUGUGCAGGCAGCACCGGCCCGUCCAGCUGUGCGCACCUCAUCGCACCUGCCGGGAGGCCUUGGAAGUUCUGGCCAAGACAGUGGCCUUCCUCAGGAACCUGCCAUCCUUCUGCCAGCUGCCCACCCAGGAUCAACGGCGUCUGCUGCAGGGCUGCUGGGGCCCCCUCUUCCUGCUUGGGUUGGCUCAAGACACUGUGACCUUUGAGGUGGCCGAGACCCCGGUACCCAGCAUACUCAAGAAGAUCCUGCUGGAGGAGCCCAGCAGCAGUGGGGGCAGCGGCCAGCUGCCGGACAGGCCCCAGCCCUCUCUGGCUGCUGUGCAGUGGCUGCAGUGCUGCCUGGAGUCCUUCUGGAGCCUGGAGCUGGGUCCCAAGGAGUAUGCCUACCUGAAAGGAACCAUUCUCUUCAACCCUGACGUACCCGGCCUCCAUGCCUCCUCCCACAUUGGGCACCUGCAGCAGGAGGCUCACUGGGCGCUGUGUGAAGUCCUGGAGCCCUGGUGCCCAGAAGGCCAAGGCCGUUUGGCCCGUGUCCUUCACACAACAGAGGCAGCCACCCCACACCCCUGCACCCAAGGUCCAGCCAGAGAUGACUCACUGGAAAUGAGGAGAGUGGCUGUGGCUCUGCGCUAG